GUCAAAGAGCAGCCUGCCUCCAACCGACCGUAAAGGCAGUGACACGAGCCUUUCAAGUGGCUGCUCCUACAGCCCGUUGCCCCCAUCUGUAGUGCCGGACUUGAAGACUCCAGACUUUGAGCAGUUCCGCAGCCCUUUCAAGGACUGCACCAUACACAGGAAUCCCAGCAAAGGUCUUGCCAUGCGAUAUGAUGACAGCUCUUCAGAGCUCGAUUCUCCGGUAAGCGCUACGAUCGACGUCAAGAAAACGGUGGCCUUCCCGAUCCCCGACACGCCAGCGCAUUACACUGGCACACCUGAACUGAGUGACAGCCCUGAGGUGUUCACACUUCCCGUCAAUGUGAACAUGAGGCGGAAGCGUGCAACAAGGAAUGUGUCUCCUCUUGUUCUACCGGAAUUGUUGCCGCAACACCUUACGGAGAGAUUAGAACAGGAGCCUGAAAGUGACAAAAGUGAUGAAUCGAACGACAAAGAUGAUGAAUCAGACGAGUCUGACUAUGGCGAGGACACGGGGGGCGCCACAGAAAUCCCCAGUGCUCGAGCACCGGCAGUGCCGCUUUUCCCGAGCCCGGACUUGGCAGCCUACAGGCGCAUCAUCCACGAGGAGAUGGCCAGGUGUUACGGUGCACACAUAGUGUCACCUGUCUCAACAGCUGAUUCUCCGGCAAGCACAGUGUCAGGAGUGUCGACUGGCGGCCACAUUGCCUCAUCUCCAGCUGUGGAGACUAGCCCUGCGUCCUCGCCGUCGACACUGGCCACUGCCUUCGCGGGAUUGUCGGCACAGCCAAGGCUGAGCCCGAUUCUGAAGUUGUCGUCGCAACAAAAGGGCCGCCUGAGUACUGUCUUGGAGUGCACGGAGACAAGCGACAAAGGGAGUGGGACAACUGCACUCUGGGCUCAUCCAGAAGAGUCUCUGAUAACGAAUGCCAGGCAGCCGUCAUUGAUUGAUGGGAAUUUCAGCUGUAUAUCACCAUCGGUGGCAUUUGGCCAUGAAGAGCUGCGUGCAUUGCUAGGUCAGUGA